GUGCUGAACAGGUACUCUUCCACGCCUCUCAUUCCUCUCCCCACACCUCCUAUUCUUCCAGUAUUACCUCAACAAUUCGUGCCUCCCACUAACGUCAGAGACUGCAUACGUUUGCGUGGUCUUCCCUAUGCUGCUACUAUAGAGGACAUCCUGGAGUUCUUGGGGGAGUUUUCUACAGAUAUUCGGACCCAUGGAGUUCACAUGGUACUAAAUCACCAGGGACGUCCAUCGGGAGAUGCUUUUAUUCAGAUGAAAUCUGCAGAUCGAGCUUUUCUGGCUGCGCAGAAGUGUCAUAAGAAGACUAUGAAAGACAGAUAUGUUGAAGUCUUUCAAUGUUCUGCUGAGGAGAUGAACUUUGUAUUAAUGGGGGGCACUUUAAAUCGAAAUGGCUUGUCCCCACCACCAUGUAAGUUACCAUGCCUUUCACCCCCAUCCUACUCCUUUCCAACGCCUGCUGCAGUUAUGCCAACAGAAGCUGCUCUGUAUCAGCCAUCUAUGCUCCUGAACCCACGAACGCUCCAGCCCUCCACGGCGUACUACCCCGCUGGGGCUCAGCUUUUCAUGAACUAUACAGCGUACUACCCCAGGUAAAGCAGAGGAGAAACCAAGCAGGAACAAAGAAGUCUUUUUGCAGCAAGUACACAAAGCUCACAAAAGAACAUUGUCUGCUGUGCUAAAAGCUUGUGCGGUAUCUUGGUCAGGGAAACAAUUUCAGGAUAUCUAGAGAUUUCCCAGGUUUUAAAGUAUUUUGGGGAGUGA